AUGACUGAUCCAACGGCGGGGGCCUCUCAGAACUCGUCAGAUUACUUUGAAGAAGAAUCCUCUCAGUUUUUGGAAGCACUACAAGCUGCAGUUCUCCCUGGCGACAUAGUGAGCAAGCCAGAAGAUAAUGCAAGCGAGGCUCCGAACAAAGAUGAAGACUCGGACGAAUCGGAAGACUUAGAACCGCCGCCGAGUACCCAGCCUUCUCUCAAACGACGCCUUUUCGAAACGGAAGAUGAUAGAGAUGAUGUAUAUGGAGCUGCACAUUUCGGUGAAUUUGGAGAGUAUAUGCGGCGGAAGCGCGCCAAACUUCAGAUCCAGAACGAGGGGUUGAAGGAGCCCGAUGGGCAAAGCGAAAUAUUUAAGGGUCUCUCUAUCUAUAUUAAUGGUUAUACCACCCCAUCUGUACAAGAUCUCAGGCAAUUAAUUGUUAAACAUGGUGGCGUUUUCCAGCCAUAUCUCGAUAAGAAAGCUCUUGUAACCCACAUAAUAACAUGCUCGCUUACACCAGCAAAGCUGCGCGAGUUCAAGCACAUGAAGGUUGUUCGUCCAGAAUGGCUAGUCGAAAGUGCAGAGGCAGGCGUCUUGCUCCCUUGGAGUAACUAUCUCUACGUGCAGUCCGAACGGCCUGAAGCCUCUCAAGGCGCUAAGAACAAUCAAACUACCCUGUUGAACGGCAUGAAAGUGCCAUUCAAGUCAUCUACUACUACCACCUUCAAGGUCCCUCAGACCCCUCAGCCCAAGACGCCAACAAAACCCCAACCUGUCGCUAAUAAAUCACCCUCCAAGGAUCCCGAGGCUGUCGAAUUACCCAGAUAUGCCUCAUCCACCUCCAAUCCAUUAGCUACCCGCGUCAUGGCCAAUGCCGACUGGCGAAAAGCACAUACAUCCGUCGCCCCGGAUUUUAUCGAAGGGUAUUACAAAAACUCACGGCUUCACCACCUCUCAACAUGGAAAGCCGAGCUCAAGGGGCUUGUGCAGGAAGCCAUGGAGCGGGCAGAAGCUGGCGCUGGGGGGACAGGUCACGUUGGAAAGAUCGAUUCAGAGGAAACUAAUGUCAGCAUGCGAGGUGCUGAACUUGUGAUGCGGUCUCCGGCUGCCAAGAGGAAAGGGAAGGGAAAGGCUGUUGGCGAUCAAGAACGCGUGAUCAUGCAUUGCGAUUUCGAUUGUUUCUUUGUUUCGGCUGGUCUUGUGAGUAGACCUGAGCACAAGGGAAAGCCUGUGGUUGUGUGUCAUUCCCAGGGUACACAGGGUGGCGCUUCGAGCACGAGCGAGAUUGCGAGCUCCAGUUACGAGGCUAGGAAGUUUGGCAUAAAAAAUGGGAUGAGUCUCCAACAAGCCCGCAAGUUGUGCCCUGGGAUCAUCACGAUUCCUUACGAAUUUGAGCGAUACAAGCAAUUUUCCUUGCUGUUCUACACGGUACUUAUGUCGCAUGCAGACGACCUACAAGCUGUCUCGGUCGACGAAGCUCUGAUUGACGUUACGAGCACUGUCACUCAGCUUAGGAGCCAUGUUGGGCUCGAAGGAUCGCCUCAUGAUCCAGCUAAGGAUUUCGCGGAGACCAUACGAGCUCAAAUAAGAAAGGCUACCAGCUGUGAAAUCAGUAUCGGGAUAUCACACAAUAUCCUUCUUGCAAGACUAGCAACGCGCCGUGCGAAACCUGGAGGAUCCUUUCAUCUCGUUCCAUUGGAUGUUCCUGAUUUUUUGGCACCGCUGGAUAUAGCUGACCUUCAUGGUUUUGGUCGUUCCACAAAGCAGAAGGCUCAGGAAAAGUUAGGGGUGACGACUCUAGGAGAAUUGGCGAAGAAAAGCAAGGGAGUUCUAAUCGAUGCUUUGGGUAAAGCUACUGGAGAGACACUCUACGAUGCUGUUAGGGGAAUUGACGACAAGAAACUGGAGUCGGAUAAACCGAGGAAAUCAGUCUCCUGUGAAAUCAAUUAUGGAAUUCGGUUUGAGAACAACGAGCAAGCAGAAGCGUUCGUUCAUCAGAUGGCUGCAGAGGUCAAGAAACGCCUGGAUGCAAUUGAUAUGGUCGGCCGUUCUAUCACCAUGAAAGUCAUGAAAAGAGAUCCCACGGCUCCCGUUGAACCUCCCAAAUUUCUUGGGCAUGGAUCAUGCGACUUGUUCAACAAGCAAAUCCCUCUCAUUGGUCCUGGAGGUCGAGCUACGAGUGAUGAGCAAAUUAUCGGAGAGCAUGCCUGGCGCUUGCUCAAAUCGUUCAACUUCGAUCCUAAAGAGCUGCGAGGGCUCGGGAUUCAAGUACAGAAGCUUGAAUCUGCCUCGUCGACCGCACACGCACCUCCUGGACAAGCUAUGCUUCCCUUCAAGCGCAAAGGGCCUGCAGAGCCCGCUGGGCCAUCAACGACAGAGCCUGAGAUUCGUGUCCAACCUCCAUCUCAAGGCAAUAAUGACAUUACGAAAACUGCUGUGGAGACAUCUACACCCACUGUCACAUUUGACCUACCAUCCUUUUCUCAAGUCGACAUGAGCGUCUUUCAUGCUCUUCCCCAAGAUGUUCGCAAGGAGCUGGAAAAUGAAUACAAACGACGCUCUGCAUCUCCAUUCCCAAACGUAGCAGGGCCAGCUCCCAAACCUGCUGCUGCCUCGACAUCUCACCAUCCCCCUCCCUUCCUCCCACACAACAAACGGCCAGGCGCACCAAACAUAUUUCCCAGAAACCCAAGAGGCGGCCGACCCAAUUUCAAACACAUAAGCAAACAACUCGCCCCACGAAGCGCGCCUGCCGUCUCCCCUGGCAAAUCAUACCUCAUGCGACUUCUUGAACAAGAAAAGGAGCGCAAGAUGCGUAGAAAUCCGAAGAGGCACAUCCCUGAUGCGAAGCUGCGAGAUCUCAACCUUGAUCCAGAGGUGUUCAACCUCCUUCCUCGACGGAUCCAGGACGAGCAGUUGAUCAGGGCUAGAAUUCUCAAAGAGAAAGGGUCUUUGCCUUCACCGCCUGCAGAGAGGAAGAUCUUGAAGCCCCGAAAGCCAGAGUGGCCGGAGGGCUGGAUGCCCUACCGGGCGCCCAAUCCAAAGUCGCGUUGGGUGCAGCCGCCGUUUCUUAAGCAGUAUACGCAAGGGCAAGAAGGCAAGAAGGAGAAGUUGUUUUUCUCUGAAACGGACGAUGUGCAGAGGGUGCUGGAGACGUGGGUGACGACGUAUAGGCACUGGGCACCCAGAGAGAAGGACGUGGAGUACCUAGCCAAGUACUUGUUGGCGACGAUUGAUGGGUACACGGCGAGCGAUGUGGGCGUGGAGAGGGGUAUUGCGGUGAUGAAGUGGUGGUUGGUUUUGUUACGGCGGUUUUGGCCUGGGUCAGAGUUGUAUGAGGAGGAUGAACCUGAUGGGAGUCAAACAGAUUGGGUUGGAGAGGCGUGGUGGGCUACGUUUAGGCAGAUCAAGGAGAGGAUGGAUGUUGUUGCGCGGCAGAAAUUUGGAGGGUGUUUGUCGUUGAAGUGA